AUGGCUGCGGGAGUCUUGCCUCAAAAUGAACAACCGUAUUCCACAUUGGUGAAUAAUAGUGGGUAUGCUGCAAACAUGAAAGGUAAUAUCUCUUUAAUAUGCUUUUUAUCUCUCUUGCACGUCUCUGAUGCUGCAUGGGUGUGGAGUAGAAAUUUUUUAAAGCUUUUUUUGUUCAUCCCCUUGAAAAGAUCUGCUCUUACAAUUUCUUCCUCUUCAUUACCAUUCCAUUUGGAGACUGGGAUUUUGAGUCUUCCCUCCUCGUAUGUUCUAGGAAAUUCAGAACGUCCAACACCGAAAUAUACAAAAGUGGGAGAGCGUUUACGGCAUGUCAUCCCUGGACACAUGGCGUGUUCCAUGGCAUGUGGUGGUAAAGCAUGCAAGUAUGAGAAUCCAGCCCGCUGGAGUGAGCAGGAGCAAGCUAUUAAGGGUAUUUACUCGUCCUGGAUCACUGACAGUAUCCUGGCCAUGGCUCGCCCGUCAUCUGAGCUUCUCGAGAAGUACCACAUCAUCGAGCAGUUCCUCAGUCAUGGCAUAAAAACAAUAAUCAACCUGCAGCGCCCUGGUGAGCAUGCUAGCUGUGGGAACUCUCUGGAACAAGAAAGUGGCUUCACAUACCUUCCUGAGACGUUCAUGGAGGCUGGCAUUUAUUUCUACAAUUUUGGAUGGAAGGAUUACGGUGUAGCAUCUCUCACCACCAUCUUAGAUAUGGUGAAGGUGAUGACGUUUGCCUUACAGGAAGGAAAAGUAGCCAUUCAUUGUCACGCAGGGCUUGGCCGAACAGGUGUUUUAAUAGCAUGUUAUUUGGUUUUUGCAACAAGAAUGACUGCUGACCAAGCAAUUAUAUUUGUGAGGGCAAAGCGACCCAAUUCCAUACAAACCAGAGGACAACUGCUGUGUGUGCGGGAAUUUACUCAGUUUCUGACUCCUCUCCGCAGUAUCUUCUCUUGCUGCGAUCCCAAAGCUCAUGCUGUUACAUUAGCCCAGUACCUAAUUCGCCAGCGUCACCUGCUUCAUGGUUAUGAGGCCCGACUUCUGAAACAUGUGCCAAAAAUCAUCCACCUGGUCUGCAAACUGCUGCUGGACUUGGCUGAAAACAGGCCAGUGGUGAUGAAGGACAUGUUGGAAGGACCUGGACUCUCUGCUGAAAUUGAGAAGACUGUGUCUGAGGUGGUCACAAUGCGGCUGGAUAAAGAGUUACUGAGGCACAGCAGUGAUGCCUCAGACCCAUUUAACCCUACUGCCGUGGUGGCAGAGUUUGAGAAUCAGGAUGUGAUUCUUUCCACCCAUCAGGAGUUUGACCCCCUUUGGAAGAGGCGGAAUGCCGAGUGCCUUCAGCCGCUGAAUCAUCUGAAAAGGCGACUCAGCUAUAGUGACUCCGACUUAAAGAGGGCCGAAGCUCUCCUGGAGCAAGGGGAGACUCCAUGGACCGUGCCUGCGCAGGACCUGCUGGGCCACACCCUCCAGCAGCAGAAGCCUGCCAGACACCGUUAUGUCCCACCAUCUCCAGAGCUAGAGCUGCAGAAGGAGGCACUGGUUCGAAACACGUUUUCUUUCUGGAAUCACUCCAAGUGUGGGAGUUUGGAAGGACCCAAGGAUAAUGAAUCACCGCUUUUCUGUAGGAGAGACAUUCCAAAGGAAAUCCAGCGAAGUCGAACCUUCUCUGUGGGUAUUUCAGGCUCCCGCAACCCUGGGGAACCAGUUACACCCAACCUUGCAAAUGCCCAUCAGGAUGUAAAUCCUUCUCAUCAGCGAGUGGCCCACUGUCGUGAACCACACAGUGGGUGGGGCCCCGGCUCUGUGGAGGAGGAGGGCAGGACUUGCUGCAGCCCUCCAGACUGUGGCUUCAGUCCCAAGACACAGUUGUUGGUUGAAACCCAGGACAGCAAAGGUCUAUCUGAAGCAGUGCCAUGUGCUGACUUGCCAUCUGAAUUGAGUGUUGACGCAAGGAGGAUACUGGCAGCCAAAGCCCUGGCAAAUUUAAAUGAGUUUGUAGAAAAGGAGGAAGUGAAAAGGAAGGUAGAAAUGUGGCAGAAAGAACUAAAUUCCCGAGAUGGAGCUUGGGAAAGAAUAUGUGGUGAGAGAGAUCCUUUCAUCCUAUGUGGUUUGAUGUGGUCUUGGGUGGAGCAACUAAAGGAGCCUGUAAUCACCAAAGAGGAUGUGGACAUGUUGGUUGACAGACAAGCAGAUGCUGCCGAAGCCCUGUUCUUAUUAGAGAAGGGACAGCACCAGACUAUCCUUUGCGUGUUGCAUUGUCUAGUGAACCUGCAGACAAUUCCCAUGGAAGUGGAGGAAGCUUGCCUUGCCCACGCCAUUAAGGCUUUCACUAAGGUUAAUUUUGAUUCUGAAAAUGGACCAAUAGUUUACAACACUCUGAGGAAAAUAUUUAAGCACAUUUUGGAAGAAAAAAGAAAAAUGACAAAGGACAGCCCCAACCCAGGCCUCCUGUGAAGCUGAAUUUUUUCUCAUGAUGAAUAUUUUAGAUCUAAAGAUCAAGAUAGCAUUUCUGUUCAUAUGUGAAUAAGCUGAAGUUUUUCUCAUAGCACUUUA